AUGGUCGCCAACAUCAGCAUCUUCGAGGCCAACGAGGCCUUCCACGCGGACAAGAUGCGCAAGACCGAUGCCGAACGCGACAUGCCCGAUGCCGGCCCUAUGCUCGACGAGUACCCCAACGACUGGGCCAUUUUGGCUGACAAGGGGCACCAAGGGCUCCACCGUCGCAUGCGUGCCAUCACCCCGGCGAAACGGCCCGCUGGCGGCUUGCUCACUAUGAGCGACAUGGAGUACAACAACAACAUUGCUACCGACCGCGUGAUCGUUGAGAACUACUUCGGUCGUUUGAAGACGCUGUGGGCGAUCGUAAACGAGUCCUACACGUGGAAGCAAGAGAACUACGAUCUCUACCUUCAAACUUGUGUUGCGUUGACUAAUUGUCACAUUCGUUUUUCUCCCUUGCGGGUCGACGACAGCCAUGAACGCAACCGGUAUUUGAACGCCCUCAUGUCUUCGAGUGAAAAGAAGGAAGCCAAGCGUGCCGUUGCAGUUAAAAAACAUCGCGAGAAGCGCAAGUUGCGUUUGGGCACGUUUUUGCCGAGUGGUGAAAAUGCCUACUUCGAUUCGGACACUGAAUUUUACCCAAUUGGUGACGAUAGUGGAAUUUUUGAAUAG